CUACCUACCCCCCCACUUCCCCAAACAUCCAACACAGCAUUUAACCUUAAACCGCAUCGAAACAUUCCAGAAACAAUCCACCCAUCAAUUACAGUACCCACCGCCACUCUCACUAUGACCAUGACCUCGCAACAUCCACCCGAAAUAGCCUCUUCCUCUUCCUCUCCAUCUUCCCCAUCCCCAUCCUUUCGCAUCGACCCCCCACUCCUCAACAGCUCCAACCCCUGGGCAACAACCGAAUCCGACCUCCUCGCCCUCUACAACUGCCCUUACACAGGCGCCGUCACGACCCGGACGUCGCUGUGGGGGUCAGGCUUCAAGCAGCACGCUUCCACGCAUCAAUAUACGUUCUUCUCUAGUGCACUCGGGCACGCUACUGCGGAGGUGAACGUUGUCGAUCACCCGGAGGGGCGGGGCGGGGUGGUGGAGGGCGAAACGACUUCGUUGAAUACGCUUGGAUACAGUCCAAUCGCAUUCCAAUUGUACGUCCACACAAUAAUCCGCAUGAGCCGAUCAGGCCUUCUCGAUCUCCCCCACAACCGCAAACACAAACGCAAACCCUUCAUCGUAUCAGUAACCGGCACCGCGACCGAGAUCGCCCAAUGCGCCACCCACCUGCUCACCGUGCUCAACGACCCGGAAUCCAUAUAUCCCUAUCCCUCCGCCCCAUCAUCAACGCCUGACGCCAAGGCCUCGGUCUCGGAUGUACCAAAACCUCUCGAACAUCUGGAAUUGAUGAUGGAGAUCAACCUCUCCUGCCCCAAUAUCCCCGACAAGCCGCCGCCGGCGUACUCGCUUGCUGCUCUGGCGGAGUACAUCGCAGCCAUCAGCGUCGCGAAAGGGAGUAUGCCACGUGAGUACGAGCGUCCUUUACAUGUAGGGAUCAAGACGCCGCCGUAUACGUAUGCGGGGCAAUUCCAGACGCUUAUUGAUGCGCUGGAGAGUUCCGCCAGUCUCGAGGGGGGAUGUCCGAUUAGUUUUGUGACGGCGACGAAUACGUUGGGUAGUUGUCUAGUAGUUGAUAGGAGGAAUGAAGCGGCGUUGGGGUCGGUGGGUGGGACGGGGAUUGGGGGGAUGGCGGGCGAUGCGUUGCAUCCGCUUGCGUUGGGGAAUGUGAGGACGAUUCGGAGUAUGUUGGAUGCUUCUCCUCAUUUUGAUGUUCGAGCCAUUUCCAUUAUAGGGAUUGGAGGCGUUAGGGACGCUGCUGGAUUUGCACGGAUGAGGAGUGUUGGCGCAGCUGCCGUUGGAGUAGGAACAGCACUUGGUCGCGAGGGAAUUAGUAUUUUCGAGAAGAUCACCACUUCAGAAUGAAAUCCACUAUUUCCCUG